UCGAUCAUCGCGCUUUACUCGGCUGUGGAACACACACCUUGGCCAUCCUGUUGUUAUACAAAGAAGCCAGCGAGUGUGUUCUUACUCUUGUGACAAAACUCUUGUUCUAAGCACGCAACUACGUCGAGGCUGUGGAUUUCGUGAGUUUUCCACUUUCCGACCGACCUGCGAAGAUGGAUGCAAACACAGCCAGAUUUCUACUGGUACUUAUUCUUGCGGGUGGCGCUCUCGGGAUGGUCAUCGCCACUUCCGUUGUCCCGUCCUGGAUUGUAAACACCGGAACGGUUGACGACGAGAGGCUCCGUACCCUAAUAGGGCUCUGGAGGGUUUGCUUCGAUUUAGACGGCAAAAAAACGCAGUGCGCAAGUAUCUACGGCCAUCCUGACGAGUCAAUCGAGGAUGUACCACCGUCCUGGCGAAGUGCUGAAACAUGCUCUAUUCUCAGUGCCAUAUGCCUUUGGCUUGGACUUCUCUCCGCAUUGGUAGUGCAAUGCUGCUGUUGCAUUCCCCCUUUGACUCCUCAACGAUCUGCCGUCAUAUUUAUACUGCCGAAGUCCUUCCUAGCAGCAGGAGCAUGCUUCACCGGGGCGACUGGCGUAUCCGUGGUCGCAUACUACUCGGAGCUGUUCUGUGAAAUCAUAGUCUGCGAGCUGGGGACGAUGUUCUACAUGUGCUGGGCUGCCACAGGGGCUGCGAUUAUGGCCAGCAUUCUCUGUCAUUUCCACUUCAAUGCCUUAACGCUAGAGCGGCAUCGACUGGGUCCACAGCUGCUGGAAACUCAAGAGGUCGUCAACUACCCGUAACAAGAGAUCAAAUCACUUCUGCUCUGGCGUUUGUGUUUUGUGCACAAUAACAUACAUAUUUUUACGUAUGCGACUCAUUUUUUUCUGAACCAAGAGAUGUUCCACUUACUCCUAGUGUUCUCUGCUACACAUUCAUUGUUCGCGGAUAGUGUAGCCUUCCCUCUUGCCUUUCCACUGCCCUGCCUAUUUAUCAUUUGUCAGCACUCGACCAGAGUUGUGUUUGCUCGUGGCAGUGCUCCAUACACCUAGCAGCAGAGCCUAGUACGCACACUGGAAGACAUGUUGCGCUCUAAUGAUCAGUAGAAAACUGGAACGCAGAGUUACAGCACAAACGCUUUGAUUUCUUCUAUUUUGAAAGUUCACAAUGCACCCUCUCAUAGUCUCUUACUUCACUUUCGUUAAUUCUCUCCUCCUCAUUCUAUUUUUUUCUUCACCCACCCCUGCUAAGUAAAAUAGACGUAAAUAAUCGUGUCCGUUCCCGAAGGCAGCUCACAAUACCCCUGUUAUUAGUUCACACUUACUCGAGUCUUACGUACUUCACCUUCUUCUCUCCUAAUUUAUUAAUUGUGUUUUAUUUAGUAAGUACAACCUAGUAUUACGUGCUAUGUUGUUAGUACAUUUCCUUGCUACGGACACUAAUGGGCUUCUGUUUCAUGUACAUUUUUGUAACUCCGGUACUGCAGGGCACACCAUGUUGCCGCCUUUCCUCCAUUCUCGA